AUGAAUCCAGAGAAAUCGCAGGAUCUUGAAAACGAGGAGGAGGAAGAAGAAAGUUCCGCGGGGGUAAGAAAACCUGGUUCCAAGGCUCAGGGUAGGAAACGCACGAAAACGGGAUGUUUAACAUGUAGAAAACGACGGAUCAAGUGUGGUGAGGAGAAGCCAACAUGUCAAAAUUGUUCCAAAUCCAAAAGGCACUGUGAGGGCUAUAUCCAGCGAGUUGUAUUCAAGGAUCCUUUGAGUGCAACCCGGGGACCAUUUGCCAAUUCUUCCCAGACAACUUUCUCAUCGGGGUCUGGUCGGUCAAAUCAGCGUCGUGUUGAGGCCCCAAAAUCUUCUACUUCUGCGCAAGUACAAUUACCAAGUCUUGCACCGAAACCGGGUGACUCGGGCGCAUAUAAUAGUCCUCCAUAUAGACCCCCCAAUGAGACAAAUCAAGGAUUUGAACAAGGCAAACACGUUUUCUCCGGUCGCGCAACUCAAGACGUAGUAGUCCAAAAGAACACUACUCAAGAAACCCCGGAGGCGAAAUCAGCUCAAAGAGAUACAGUGGAUCGUUCAUACCUACCAACUCCCGAACACAGAUCUCCUCCAGGUUCUGGGCCUACUCACUAUGAUUUUAAUGCUCUCUUUGAGCGACAAUCACCGCUUGGAAAUUUCCCCGUUAUGCAGUCCAGUCCCUCUCCAUGGAUUGUGAGCCAGAAUAGUACACCCCAUGCCUACCCUCAAAAACAUACACAAAAUACAAAUCCACAAUUUUCGCUUCUCUCGCCACCUAUGGUGACCACUCAGAGUAAUCCAAGCUGGCAACAACCGGCCUUUUCUCACCCACCUAAUUUGAAUUCAAGUAUGUCACAUGCCCCACUUACAAACCAAGUGACACCGAUUAUAGAAACAGCAUACACACCUCCCUUUGAUAUGGCCAGUCAUGUAUCGGAUGGAACCUUUUCACAUCACACGGUCUCAAGAAAUACAGACGAUAAUACCAUUGACAAGAAGAACUAUACUAUGGCUGAACAGGAAGAUGAGGGCACAUUUGACGAUGAUGAAAUGAGCCUGGAUAAUGAUCAAGAGACUGAUGACUACGAAUAUGAUACUUUCAAUGCUCAGAACAUGGACUAUGGCAUUGGGCAAGUGAUUGCCCUCCAAGCUCGUCAGAAUGCACAAGAUCAAAGUCUUCGCUCUUUCACCUCACUGCUUGAUCGAUCUAAUAUGCUAUUGGCUUACCAUCCUUCACUACGGUCAUCUCCACUCAACGACAGUAUGACAGCCAGAAUAUUUUGUCAUUUUAUCAACGUGACUGGCCCGAGUAUUUCAAUGUUCGAGCGGAACCCAGCCAAUCCUUCUUUGAUAUUUCGGGGAACGCCUGUACCAUCUUCUCAACAACACAUCUGGACUUAUACGUUUCCUAUGCUUGCCUUGAAAAAUGAAGCGCUUCUCCACGCAAUACUCGCUUGCGCCAGCUUACACAUUGCGAAACUGCAAAAUACCCACAUAACCGCAUCUUUAAAGCAUUAUGCAAUUGCUUUACGAAGGAUUGCAAAAAGUGUAUGCGUGCCCGGACGCCGAGAACAUCCUGCUACUUUGGCUGCAACACUGUUACUUGCGUUCUAUGAAUGCUGGUGUGCUGAUCAUCAAAAAUGGAGUAACCAUCUGCUGGGGGGGAGGAUCCUUGUGAGAGAAAUUGACUUCACUGGAAUGACUCGACAUCUAAAGGACAUGCGGGCACAGCUGCGUCAAGAAGACCGAGCUCGCUAUCGUCAGGAGCAGAUACAUAUGGGUAAAACAUUUAUUGAAGAAAAACGUAAAUUCGCAGCCUCAUUAGAAGACGUGGACGAAAAUAUUGUUGGAGUAUUGAUGGGCCGAAGACUUCGUUACGAUGACUUUGGACACAUUAUCGACGAAGUUUGGGAGAAUACCGAAAACAGAAUUUAUAGCCCUAAGGACAUUGAAACUUAUGAAAUGCAACGCGACCUUGUGUGGUGGUACUUUAAACAAGACGUUUAUCAAAGCAUAUUAGGUGGAGGAAAGCUGUUCACUGAGUAUGAUCGAUGGAGUCUUUGCCCUCCGCGUGCACCACUCGGUCGAUUAGAUGCAGUUUACGGCACUUUUGAUCAUCUCAUUCUGUUGAUAGGACGACUUGCAGAUUUCGCUGCCAAAGACUUGAAGAGGAAGACGUUAGCCAUGAAAGCUGCCAACAACUCUAUGAGUAACCAAAUGCCAAAUUUUGCAGGCAUGGUACCAAAUGUUAAGGAGCCAACUCUUCCUAUGGGAUUUUCACCAACGCAUACUUCAUCUCCUCAAAGCUCAGAGGGCGGAGAUAUGGAUCUUGAGGCUCAAAGGCUCGAGGCAGAGGAAGAGUGGCAGGAUAUACGCAAUGCAUUCAGUGUACUUGAAGAUCAUUUUGGUGAAGACUUUCAACCUUUAGGCGACGAAUUCUCGACCCCAACUCAAACUCCUUUUGGCCCAGCUUUGCAAUACCGAACUUAUGGUGUCGCUGGCAUUUGGAUGAACUAUUACAUGGGUCUUAUUUCUUGUCACCGAUCUCAUCCCUCUAUGCCGCCAGCAGCAAUGGUAGCCGCAGGCAUGGCGGCUCGUAAGACAGCAUUCUUUGCAAACGAGCUUGGUCGUAUCGCUGCUGGCAUUGCACCGGAUCUAAGCAUGACACCUCAAGUCAAUCCGGGAGUUGGUGCAGCACUAAUGGAAAGUACUAUCUGUCUCUUUAUGGCGGGCGUUCAAUUUCAAAAUCCGGACCAGCGGACAUGGCUAAUAUGUCGGCUUAACGAUGUGGCUCGUUUGACGGGUUGGGAAACAUCACUCGCUAUUGCUUCCGGUUGCGAAACAUCUUGGGUCAAGGCUGGAGAAAUGGGGAGAGGUCCACCGUACACAAGGACGAGAGACGAGCGAGUAAGUCCACAAGUGGUGAAUGUUACACGCAAUGGGGAAAGAGUUGCAAUGCAAAAGCAGCAAGCAACUGAUCAGGGAUUCGUGAUUAGUACUCAUCAGAGAAUUCAUUAUGCGAUUGGUAUUUUGGGUGUCCAAGAUGAUCUGAAUAAUCUUGACUUGAAAUGA